AUGGAUGAAGCACACAAUCUUACUCUGCAAUGGAAUCAGGACUAUACGGAGAAACUUCUGCCCACAGUUGUAUUUCAAGGUGUUGUCUGCUUUAUUGGUCUGGUGGGAAACAUAUUAGUGCUUCUUGUGUACGCUUUUCGAAUGAAAGGGAACCGUGAUGAUCGCUACUUCAUACCCAUCUUGGCUGUGUUCGACCUCAUCGCAAGUGCUGUGGCAUCGGUAUUUUACGUUCUCGAGUCCAUCUACUUUGUGGACUUUCCAUCGUCCGGCCUUUGUAAAGGUAUGUUGUACACCAUGACAGCUACCUCGGGUUUGUCGGCUCUGCUACUUAUCGGAAUAGCUGUCCAGAGGUAUUUGAAAAUCUGCAAGCCUCACGGAAAACAAAUGGACGAGAACAAGAGGAAGCUGUGCUUGGCCUGUAUUGUAGUAUUCUCCAUCUUGUAUUCAUGUCCAGUUUUGUUGUUCUCUGGAAAUAAAGAAGUGGAAGGGAACUUUAACGGCCAUAACGUUACUGGAUUAACCUGUUUCACAGGAGCAGGGAACUACCCUACUUAUGAAGCAGUUUACUAUUAUAUCAUCUUUCUUCUCAUGGUGGCCAAUAUCCUGACUGUGGGCUUCCUCUACAUCCCAAUCGGAGUCGUCAUUUAUCGCCACAACAAACUCAGAGAGGCUCGACGUAGGAAAAGUAUGGACAUCACAUCAACUCAAUUCGAUUCAAUCUCUGACAAUAAGCCAAGCCAGUGCAGCACCAAAGAAAUUUCAUCGAAACCGAGGACUUACAAAGAAAGCAAAAUUAAUUUCAAUGUGAUGUUCUUUACCAUUAUUGUGUUUUAUCUCAUUUCCUACACACCAACAUGUAUUUUUCUGAUCAUCAGCAAACUUUCUCCAGAAAUGUGGUAUAAUAUUUCUAACGCCGAAAUGAUUAUCUUCUUCACGUUGCAGAGAUUUUACGUCAUCAAUCACGUGGUUAACCCAAUCAUUUAUGGUUAUUUUGACAUGAAAUUCCGCUCUGACAUUAUCAAUUUGUUUAAAUGUUUACCCAGUAAUUACUGA